AUGAAAAAUGAGAAUGGCGUAGUUUACAAGAAUAACACGUGGACCUUACACAAUAACAAGUCGAACGCGACUGCGAAUAAGAAGAAAAGCCGCGUUGAAUACCUAACAUUACUAGGAAAUGGCAAACUUUUUGAGAAUACGAAGGACCAAGAUGAAGAGAAGAAAAACCAAGUAACUGAUAUGUACAUUUAUACAAGCAAAGGGGUUGAGAAGGUUUCCAUAAAUACUAGUGUGAAAGAUAAAAAAAAAGAAGAGAACAAAAAUAAGAGAUAUCAAUACUUAAAAGACAAAAUAACGAACGUUUUAAAAAUUCAGGAAAAAUUAAAGCAGAACAGUACUGAAGGGAAUGUACUGGGCCAGAACGUUGUUCAGGAGGGAUUUGAUCAAGGGGGAGUACUGUUAAGGGAAGAUGGGUUAUGGAACGAUUUGGACAUACCCGGUUAUACCAAUGCAAAGGAUGUUAUUACUUUCGAUAAGAGUAAGAACGAAAUUAACAUUUUGAGCAGUAAGAAGAGCGGCGAGUUGACGAGUAGAGAUUUUUUCCAUGAUGUUCCAGCAAUUAUGUUAGGUGCCCCUGUAGUUGAUCUUUCUUCAGCUAAGAGUACCACGAAAAAGCAGCUAAAUAUGAGUCGUAAUGAUAAAGAUGUUAAUGAACAGGCAGAGAGUAUAACAGAGAAGGACUAUAUAACGGAUUGGAAUAUACUUAAUAAAAGGAUUAGUAAGGUAGACAAUCCGUUAUCAGUUUAUGAAGGAGAGAGUGUACUAUGUAAUGAGGAGAGUAAUGAUAGGGCAAGGAAUGAAGCAAUUCGUGACAUGAAUAAACAAAUAAAUAAACAAAUGAAUAACGAUAUGAAUAAACAAAUGAAUAUCGAUAUGAAUAAACAAAUGAAUAUCGAUAUGAAUAAACAAAUGAAUAUCGAUCAGAAUGAUCAGAAUAAACAAAUGAAUAUCGAUCAGAAUAAACAAAUGAAUAUCGAUCAGAAUAAACAAAUGAAUAUCGAUCAGAAUAAACAAAUGAAUAUCGAUCAGAAUAAACAAAUGAAUAUCGAUCAGAAUAAACAAAUGAAUAUCGAUCAGAAUAAACAAAUGAAUAACGAUAUGAAUAAACAAAUGAAUAACAAUAUGAAUAAACAAGUGAAUGAAGAUAUGAUUAAACUAGCGAGUUGUGAAAAAAAUUAUGAAAGUACGAAGAACACAACUCAGGGGAUAAACGAGAAAGAACAGAGGAAUAACAUUAAUAGCAGUAGCUUUCCUAAAACAGUAACACAUGAUGAAGCUAAUGAUAUAAGUACCUUUCAAAAAAGAGGGAACACAGAGAUACAUAAUAAUAUAUACAACUCAAAAACUGUACUGAAUGGGAAUAAUUUAAAUGUAAAUGGAAACCCGUUAAGUCAUAACAACAUUGAUGAAGUAAGUAUUCUAUAUAACGAAAUGCAAGUCCUUAGUGGUGAAAUAAAUAACAUAAGAAAUAAAAUUAAUAUUAUUAAUAACAAGAAGUAUGGAAAAAUAAAUAUACUAAAUAACAAAAUAAACAUGUUGAACAGCAAAAGGAGUGAAAAUCAAACAAAUAAUAUAAAUAAUUAUAUAAAUAGUAAUAUAAAUAAUGAUAUAAAUAUUGCCAAUAGUCAAAUAGACAUUUUAUAUGGUAAGAAAAUUAAUAAAAUGUAUGAACAGAUAAAUUAUCAUGUUAAAUAUUUAUAUGAUCAAUUAGAUAAGAAGUACAAAGAUGAGAAACAUAAUCAGGGGGAUGUGUAUAUACAUAAUAAGAUAUAUAGGCAAAUAAGUAAUAUUAAAACGCAAAUAAAUAACCUGUAUGAUCAGGUAAACAAUCAUGUGUACAUACAAAAAAGCAAUAAAACAUUUAAUCAAUUGAACAUUCAGAUAAAUAACCUCCGCAAUCAGAUAGACAAUCUGGUAGGAAUGCAUCAAGGCAGUCUAGAAGACAGCCUGUUAAAUAUUAGAACAAGUAGGAACGUAAAUUAUUACAAAGAAAGAGGUUUAAAAAAAAAUGAUCAGAAUAACAGAGACGUGUUACCUAUACCACAUGAUGAUCAACCAAACGAUGUAAAAACGUUAUUGCAAAUAAAAAAUGUGAACAUUAGAGAAGAAGGAAAUUUACUCAACCAUGACGUAUGUGGAAAUAUGCACGGUGAACAUUUGAAGUCACCUGGAAUUAGUCAAAAUGAAAACUAUCAAGGAGGACAAAAAAAUUAUGAACAUGUCAGCUAUAUUAGAGAUGAUGAUGAAUGUGUUCAGGGAGAUUAUGUGCACCCAUUCAUUGAACGAAGGACACAUGUUGGGAAAAAUUUAGUACAGUCGAAAGAAUCAGAGAGGAAAUUAUUAUAUAAACGAAAUCAAAAAAGGAAAAGAACAGAGAAAGAAAAUAUGUUUACAUAUAAUUAUUAUGAGAAAAAAAAAACGUUAAAAAGUCUUUUUGGUAUUAAUAACAAGCAGGUGAAAAAUGAGUGUCAAAAUGAUAUUUACCAAAAAGGUUUAAUAAUGCCCCUCAACGAAAUUACAAAUAACAGUAGAACUGAUCAUAAAUAUUUUCAUAAUAUUGUUACUUGUAGUUAUGUACCUUCAAAGGACAAUGCAAUAAAUAGUCAGCGUAAUUGGGUUAAUACGAAUGGGGAACGUGAUCCCCCAGGAGGAGUCGAAGCAGAGCAAUGGGAUCAGGCGGGUCAUCCGUAUCAUUCGGAUUAUUCCCUUCUGUCGGAUUAUUCACAUCAGUCAUAUCAGUCGCACCAGUCAGAUCAGUCGCACCAAUCAGAUCAGUCGCACCAGUCAGAUCAGUCGCACCAAUCAGAUCAGUCGCACCAGUCAGAUCAGUCGCACCAGUCAGAUCAGUCGAGUCGGUUCAGCUUAGACAAAAGGCAAAGUUAUAAAAGAAGCAACGAAUCUAGUGAGGGAAAAGGCAGUGAUAAAAAUUAUGAUAGUCCUUAUAAUGACCAGAAAUUAAUUUAUUUAAAAAACAAAUUGAUGCAGCUAAAAAUUUCAAAAAUGAGGGACAAACUAAAAAAGGAGAGCAUCUUUGGUAUUACCCCAAAUAAUGUGAAUGGCGCCGAGAAUGGGAAUCCAAAUGGAUAUGCGCAUAGGGAUGUUAGUUCAGAUCCAUGUGGAGAUAUGGAAAAUUCGAUUGGUGGGAAAAUCCCUACAAUUCAGCAAAAAAUGAAUGAACCACAUGAUAAUAUUAACAGCUUGAAUCUUGUGAAUGAUCAGGUUGAACUAAGUGGUGAUAAAGAAAUUAGGAACAUAACUACAUUUAGGAAUACGGAAAAUGCUAAAAAUGUAAUUUUAAAUGAACAUAAUGAGCAUUGUUCUAAUGAUGAUGCUCAAGUGUGUGUGAAAUACAAAACGAGUGAUAAAAAUAGUAAAGAGAAAAUUUUUUUUUUUAAAAAAGAUGAUAAUACAAAAAAAAUGAAUUCUUUCUUACCUAUGCUUCGAAAGCUAACAAAUAGAAUGAACAAAGUUCAAAUGGGAAAGAUAAAUAAUGAUAAUAAUUGUAAUAAUAUUAACAACUGUAAUAAUAGUAAUAGUAAUAGUAAUAACAAAAUAUAUAGUAAUAAUAACUGCUAUUAUAAUUACAAUUUUUGUGAAAGAGAAAUGAGCGACUGCUCCGACAUUACUGCUAAUAUUUCUCAUCACUCUCAUCAUGAAAGUAACAAAAGUACGCAGAAAGAACAAGAUCAUAAAGAAAUAAACAAACCGAGAUAUAUUUUUUUCUUAAAACAAGAAAGCAUUUACUCAAAUAACGAACAAGCAAAACCGUACUUUGAAAAGAAAAAUAUGAACGAGGGGAAACGGUCAGUAGAGAAUUACUUCUCAUGUAAUAAAGAAUCUAAUUUUCUUUUAGAUAAUAGGGAAAGAACAAACGAAAAUAUUGAGGAUACAAAACGUCUAUAUUUAACUAAGCCCUUUACAAUUGACCAAAUUUAUAACUAUACGGUCAGUUAUUAUAACAAGUUCAAUAAAGAAAAUAGACAGAAUGAACAGAAUGAACAGAAUGAACAGGAUGAACAGGAUGAACAGAAUGAACAGGAUGAACAGGAUGAACAUAAAGAACAGGAUGAACAGAAUGAGCAGAAUAAAGAUAAACAUCAAUAA